CUCGUACAUCAUCACAGACCUCUAUCACAUGCUACUAUGUAAUCCACCGUUUGAUCCACAGUCGCUUCUUUCACGCAGUCCGCAGCACGAUCCUUGAUUGCGCGCGCGAAGCUUUCGAUCCCUCAUUCCACAGCGACGACGAUUGGGACUCUUCGCAUUCAUUCGAGCCGCUCUGGAUCUCCAUAAAACCCCAGCUUCAGUGCCUGGACGCAACCAGCCCCAGCCAUGAGUUGGUAAUGCCAGACUCUGCAGUCAUCACUUGAGCCUUUUCAGUCGCCAUGGCAGCUCAAUCAAAGCUGCCCAUGUCACCCACGAUUUCGGAAAACGUGAUCAAGAGGGCUGCAAAAGACUUAGCGAGCGUCUACGUCAAGAAUCGGACGCGCAUAUCCCGCGUCGUCUACAUUACCCUCUUCGUCGCCCUGAUAGAGCGCAUAAACCAUGCUAUCAAAGAACAAAAGGCUGCCUCUUUACGGCAAGCUGAGGCAAGAAGACGCCAUGGUGGUACGGGUAGAGAUGCGGCAGCAAAGAAAAAGGUGGAGAUCAACAGGGAAUUCUUCCGGAAUCUGAUGAGGCUGUUGAAGAUCUGUAUACCCGGAUGGAAGAGCAAGGAGCUGAGGCUCUUGAUCAGCCAUAGCGUGUUUCUUGUGCUAAGGACACUGAUCAGCGUGUAUGUGGCUGAGAUGGACGGAAAGCUCGUUAGCAGCCUGGUGCGAGGGAAAGGCAAGGAAUUUCUGAAGGGCUUGGUUUGGUGGAUGAUAAUUGCCAUUCCUGCUACCUUCACAAACUCCAUGCUCUCUUAUCAUCAGUGCAAACUCUCUCUGCAGUACCGCACUCGGCUCACGAACUACAUACACAACAAAUACCUGUCUCAGAUGACUUUCUAUACCCUCUCUGCUCUCGAUGAUCGAAUCAAGAACGCCGAUCAACUCAUCACAGUUGACGUGGCUAAGUUCUCCAACUCCCUCGCCGAAUUAUACUCCAACCUCGCGAAGCCCGUCCUUGACAUGUUGAUCUACAACUGGUCUCUUUCCCGUUCCGUGGGUGGCGAAGGCUUGUUUGCAAUGUCUCUCAUCGUCCAGCUCUCAGCAAGCGUGAUGCGCGCACUUACUCCUCCCUUUGGGAAGUAUGUAGCUGAUGAAGCACGGCUAGAAGGUGAAUUCAGAUUCCAGCAUUCUAGACUCAUCGACUACAACGAGGAGGUUGCGCUAUAUCACGGCCAUGAGGCUGAAAAAGAUACUCUGGAUAAGGGUUACUUCACAUUGAUCAAACACGUGAACCGCAUUCUCAGGCGCAGGUUCUACCACGGCAUCAUGGAAGACUUCGUCAUCAAGUAUUUCUGGGGCGCUUUGGGCUUGAUGUUGUGUAGUGUGCCCGUAUUCUUCAAGGUUCCGGGCAGUGCAACGGGCGGAAACACCAUAGGCGAUCGCACGGAGAAUUUCGUGACGAAUCGACGGAUGCUUCUCUCCUCUUCAGACGCAUUUGGACGAGUCAUGUUCUCCUACAAAGAGAUCACCGAGCUGGCUGGGUACACUUCACGAGUAGCUACUCUCCUCGACGUCAUAGAGGAUGUACAAGCCGGCCACUUUGAGAAAAAUCUGGUAUCGUCAGCGGGCACGGAGGAGAAUGCUGCAGUUCUUCGUGGACGUGGAACGAUCAUCGAAGGCGAUGACAUUGAGUUUGACAACGUGCCAAUUGUGUCACCCAACGGCGAUGUCCUCGUGCGGAAGCUUAGCUUCAGUGUCAAGCCAGGCGAACAUCUUUUGAUUGUUGGCCCAAAUGGAUGUGGCAAGUCGAGUUUGUUCAGGAUCCUGGGAGGUUUAUGGCCAGUGUAUGGUGGAACGGUGCGCAAACCACCACCGGAAGCUAUCUUUUACAUCCCCCAACGGCCCUACUUAAGUCGAGGAUCUUUGAGGCAACAGAUCAUUUAUCCAGACUCUCUAAGAGACAUGCGGUCCAAAGGAGUUACGGAUGCGGACCUCAUGCGGAUUCUUUCUGUUGUCGAAAUCUCGCACAUAGUCGAAAGACAGGGUGGAUGGGACGCUGAGGCCGAAUGGACGGAUGUUCUUUCGGGAGGGUUGCAGCAGCGCGUUGCUAUGGCCCGUCUUUUUUACCAUGCGCCCAAGUAUGCGAUCCUGGAUGAGUGUACGAGCAGUGUUACAUUGGAGAUUGAAAGGGUCAUGUAUGAGGAAGCCAAGCGGUUAGGGAUUACUCUCAUGACGGUGAGCCAUAGAAGGAGUUUGUGGAAGUAUCACAAGAAAAUUCUGCAAUUCGAUGGGCAGGGUCAUUAUAUCUUCACCAAGUUGGAUGCCGAGAAGAGACUGCAGCUCGAGGAUGAGAAGGAAGAAUUGGACCUCCAGCUACGAGCCGUGCCAGAUAUUGAAAGGAGGAUUGCGGAAUUGACAGCCGAAUAAAGGCGAACUCGUAACAAAACGCAUGGGCUGCACUUUAAUUCCCAUUGUAGAAUUAGGCAACUUUAUAAACGGUUGUUGUCUAGAGACGUAGUAGAAUCGCGUUUCUCAACUUCCUAUCUGCUAUGCUGAAGGCAUGCAUCGGGGGAAAAAAAAUUUAGUAUUUCAGCCGAGUAUAUACCGAUAGUAUGCGAAUAAUCAAGGACAUGCAGAAAUUUAGAGAUUCA